GUCAUCCCAAGAAUCAAAGCCCCGAAGUCAACAACAGUCUUGGAGCUCCAAGGUCUAGAAAUAACCUUACUACAACCACGUUGUCAGGUUUCCUUGUCCUAAAUUCGGCGAUGGAUGCCAUGAGGUCGGCUGGAAGAGCUAUCAUUCGAAGUCCAAUUAUAGCGAAACGGUCUUGGAAUACGGGCAAACAUAAAAAACUUCCUGAGAACUGGACAGACAUAACAGAGACUGUUGUAGAUGGCAUGACGUUUAACCUCCGUCACCUAGGCAUGACCCUGGUUGAUCAGCCCAAAGGAGAGGACCUAUCAGCAGCUGCCGUCAAGAGGAUUGUUGCCACGGCCAAAGCGGGAGGCCAGAAGCCUCAGAAGAUGUCUCUGAAGGUUUCUCCUCAGGGUUUAAUGCUGUACGACAGUCUAACCAACCAGCUACUAGACAACAUCUCCAUAUACAGGAUAUCCUACUGCACGGCGGACAAGCUGCACGACAAGGUGUUUGCCUACAUUUCCCAGAACACCCUCAACGGAACACUGGAGUGCCACGCCUACCUCUGCCCCAAGAGGAAAGUGGCCCAGGCAGUGACUCUGACUGUAGCACAGGCCUUUAGAGUGGCCUUUGAGUUGUGGCAGGUUGCUAAGGAAGAGGAAGAGGAGAAGAUGAAGUCCAGCUCAGCUGGAGAAGCAACCAACAGUUCCCAGUCAGAAAGAUCUAACAGCCUACCCAGUCUCAAAGGAGGAAAUGUUGCCACUGGUAACCUACUGGACCUGGGGGAUCUGACUCAUGUUGCCGUGGUUCUGGAAACCAAUGGCAACGAGGAGUUCAAGGUGGACAACCACACUGCUCCCGAGAACAAUGAUAACAACAACACUGUCUGGGAAAUUGAGGAAGACUUGGAUGAGGCUUUUUCUAGCCCCAGGCUGGAUACCUAUGAGUCGUCUCCAGACUGGCAGUAUCCCGUACUAACCCCCAGGUCUUGGACAUUGGGGUGACCCCCCAGGAUUGGCUGGUAGAACCUGACUGGGCCAAUGGGAACACACCCAACAAGAACGGGACCAAUAAGAACACAUCAAACAAUAAUACCACCAAUGGGAACGACUUCUUUGGCCUCUGAUCGACCACCAGAGGGCGACCAAGAGGCACAGCUUUUUGAGUCUUUGGCCCAAUCCCAAAUCAACCGCUAGGCCCUAUGCUGGAACUAUACUAUAUUGUGUGCACCUGGCAAGUCCUCUCAGAUCUCCACCAGGACACAGGGUCUAGGGGUCGAUUUGGGAUUGGGCCAUAGAAGAGUUGGCUUUUGUUCCAUCCCAAAACUAUCCCUUGCCUCUGUCCUUAUUCCCUAGUUGACUCCCUCCCCCUUAUAGAAAGGACUGAAUAGGUUGAGAGCUUUGGUUGAGAUUCUAUCAUAUUGUAGAUAUACAUGGGGUCGCCAGGAAGAGUCUAUGGGUAGAUGCUAGGGAUUAUGGGUAGACGCUAGGGAUUAUGGGUAGACGCUAGGGAUUAUGGGUAGACGCUAGGGAUUAUGGGUAGACGCUAGGGAUUAUGGGUAGACGCUAGGGAUUAUGGGUAGACGCUAGGGAUUAUGGGUAGACGCUAGGGAUUAUGGGUAGACGCUAGGGAUUAUGGGUAGACGCUAGGGAUUUGAUUUGGUACCCUAUAUCUUUUUAUAAACUGGGUGCUUCAAGCCCUGAAUGCUGAUUGGCUGAAAGCAGUGGUAUAUCAGACCCUAUACCACGGGUAUGACAAAACAUGUACUUUUACUGCUCUAAUUACCUCUAAGUAACCAGUUUAGAAUAGCAAUAAGGCACCUCGGGGGUUUUGUGAUAUGUGACCAAUAUACCACAGCUACGGGCUGUAUACGGGCACUCCAAAUUGCAUCGCGUACAUAAGAACAGCCCUUAGCCGUGGUAUAUUGGCCAUAUACCACC